CACUUUGAUCCACUUGGCCAUGUACUUUGUGUGACCACAAAAAAAAAACAGGCAUGAGCGAUAGCGAAGGCGACGAAGCACCGGAUUACUCCACGCUCUUACAACGAUCAAAACAUGGUCAAAAAGAAAAUGUGUAUGAUCCGUCACAAGAAAAUAGUCUUGAAGAAUCGCGCAAUGCUCUUUUUGCAGUGAUUGACGAAAGAAAAAAAGUCAAUGAAAAGAAUCUGAGCCUGGGUACGCUGGAUCGUGUCACGGGUUUAACGUCAGUGUCUCGUUAUAAAGGCACACACUUUCGUGUCAUGGGCCAUACAGUGAAAGGUUGUAUGAUGUUGUAUCCGGAAGAAGCUGCUUGGUUGAUCAAUAUGAGUGCGCUCCGUAUCGAGUCUGACGACGACGACGACGACGACGACACAACGGGUCUUGAGGAUUACUUUGAAUUCAUGUUUGCUCAAAAGGAUGGAUGGAUUACUUUUGAAAAGUAUCAAGUUUACGCGUAUCUUCGACGUCUUGGAUACAUUGUUCGACGCUCUACAUUGCCUUUGCAGCAGCAGCAGCAGCAGCAGUAUCCAUCGCCGUCGUUAUUAGUAGGAUCGUACUGGAGCCAUCAAUGUGGAUGGCUUAUUCGUACAGUCGCUUAUUGUGUCAAGCGUGUUUUACUCUAUUGUUUUGGCUCAAGGCCGCUUGUUCGUCGCCAUCAGUCCUCUACAUUGCACUCGGUCUACUCAACACUUAAAAUUGUCCCUUCAAGCCCUUGGUAUAAACCCUUUACAACAGAUCAAAACACAUGUCGAGUAACAGAUACUUCAUUCGAUUGGGAUGUGUAUCGACCUAAUCCACAGUGGAAAAAGCGGGAUCCAGGCGUGCCUGAUUUUCGUGUGGUAGUAACAAAUUCCUGCGAUGCUAUACCCUCGUUGGCGAAAUACCAAAAGCUAUUCAGCGAUCUGGAGAAAUCACCACGACAUUCUGAUAGUUUUCAUCAUAUCCGAUAUACAAACACAUUGAAUUUGUCGUUUCUGCUAGCCGUUGUGGACGAUGCUGGGGCCGUAAGCUUUUUGAGAAUCAGUGGCGAUGGCGUGGUCGACUUGAGUAGUAGUAGUACUACUACUACUACUACUGGUAGCUAAUCUGAUAUAAUGUGUAUACUGCCUUUCUUUGUAUAUAUGUAAUAACAAUGUUAUGCGUUCGUUCGAGACCUUGGUUUUUUUGGUUUCUCUUUUGAUGGUGUGCUGUAACAUAUGCCAUACACUAGCGACUUGUAUUAAAUCCUGGAUACAUGAAAUGUUCUCAAAAGUCGUCUGAGUACGUAGUAUACCCUAGAGUUACGGGAU